UAGAAGACACACUGGUACAAGGAGAGAGGGCUACCGCUUUCCAGAUUCCAGUGAAAAGAGACGAGAAACUGAGAUAAAGAAGAGGAAUUACGAAGAUGGUGGUGGCGAUUUCACCUUCCAGGGCCAUCCUGGCCACUCUAGUGGCGGUUCUGGUGUCGGUGGCGGUGGCGGCGUCCAACGACACGUUGACAGCAUACGAAGUGUUGGAGGAGUACGGCUUCCCCAUCGGCCUGCUGCCGGAGGGAGUGGUGAGCUACGAGCUCAAUUCCUCCACCGGCAAGUUUUCCGUCUACCUCAACGGGACCUGCACCUUCUCCCUGGAAGGCUCGUACGAUAUCAAGUACAAGUCCACCGUCACCGGCUACAUCUCUUCCAAGAAGCUCUAUAGCCUGAGCGGGAUCAGCGUGAAGGUGCUGUUCUUCUGGCUCAGCAUUGUCGAGGUCACCGUCGAAGGAGACGAUCUCGACUUCUCUGUCGGAAUCGCGUCGGCGUCCUUCCCGGUGUCGAAUUUUGCAGUGUGUCCGCAGUGCGGGUGCGGCCUGGACUGCGUUUCUCUCGCAGCUGUGGAAUGACCGAGUCGUUGCAGUUUCGUUCUCUGCAGCAUGUUCAUUCUGUACCAAGUCUCUGCUUUUAGGACAUCUUUUGAAGUUUUGAUGUCACUUUCUGGUUUUAAACUGUGUUCAUUAGAUAUCAUCGUUUUCUGCA